AAAAUCCAAGACCCAGUUAACGCUCUCCUCUUCAAAACUCUGUUUCUCUCUGCUUCAGUGCUCAUUUUCUAAUUCUUAGCUUUCUCAUCGAUUUCUUUCCUUUUCCUCUUUGAAUCGAGCGCCCCUCCUCUCUCUCUCUCUCUCCCAAAUCCCAGUUAAGAAAAUGUUCACUGAAGGUUUAGAUGAAAGCGCAAUCAACUGGAUCAAACAGGGAUCAGAUAUACCAGAACCCCGUAUUCGAUCUCCUUUAUCUCCAUUAACAGAGCAGCAAUCUCCUCGCGAUCAAUUUCCAAAAUCUCCCGUUGACCUACUUCCAAAAUCUCCACUUUUAUACAAUAAUAAUAGUUUUAGCUCUACCCAUGUUUUACCUCCUCUUAAAUUCCAUUCUGGGUUGUUAACACCUCGCAGCAUAGUAGUCCCAUGCGCAGACGACGAUGAUAAUGAGAGCGUUGCGUCCGUUUCUGAUUAUGUGGGUGGGAAUUACUUCGAGGAGGAGGAAGACGACGCGGGUGUUACCGACACUGUCUAUUUGGAGAAGCCAUUUGUGCAAAGCUACGAGGAGGAAGAGGUAUAUGGGAACAUGCCUAAAACGAAGUUGAGUAGAGGUUUAUUGAAAGAAGAUCUGAAAAUUGAAGUUCCUAGUAAUUUUAGAAGGUUCACCACAGAUGGUGAACUGGUUAACAGAAAAAAUGUCUUCAAGAAUUUGACCCCUGGUGCUGGAAGUUGCCCACUGAGAGAGAAAGUCCAGUUACGCAAUGCACCAGCGACGUUUGAUGGUAUUUCUUCUGGUAACGAAAUAGGCUUGAUUAAAGAGGUUGGAGAUUUGGGAACUCCAAGUGCACCUCCAAUUAUGGUAGCUGGGGGAGAAGGAAAGAGUUUUGUAGUUGAACCAGAAAAUGAACAAACUGUUGUUGGGGUUUGCAAGUCAGAAGAAACAGAUACUUUUGAUGGAAGCAAAGAAGGUCUGGUUGAUAGAACUUCACAAUCUAUGCAUAACACUGAAUUUGUUGAAAGAAAGGAGACCAUGCACAGAGAAAAAGCAGAAACCAUGCCUUAUUGGCAGACAAGCUCAUUGGAUCAUUCAACUUACUAUAACACGAGUGGUCAAUAUGCUUGGCACACCCUAAUAGCUUAUGAUGCAUGUAUCCGCUUAUGUCUAUAUGCGUGGGCUAGGGGUUGCACUGAGGCUCCUGAGUUUUUGCGAGAUGAGUGUCUGCUUCUUCGAAGUGCAUUUGGACUACACAAAUUCUUGCUGCAACCACGAGGUGUACAACCAACAGAAGUAAGAACUACUCAGAAUGCAGAACAAACUUUUCCUUUGAAAAUAAAGAAGGUUGUUGGGAAGAUAAGAGUGGAAGUAAGGAAACUUCGAAUAAUACCCAGGCGGAAACUUAAGAGCACAUACUCUCAGCGAAGUGCAGUCUACAUGGAAGUGGGGAAAGAGUAUGUCCGACAUGUUUCAUCGCUAGUGAAAACUGGCAUGAAUUCUCUUAAACUAGCUUCAUUUUCACUGACCUCAGAAGAGCAGUUGUCAUGCGUAUUCCAACUGAAGAGCACCAGUGAAGAUACUCGAGUUGAAUCAGGUUCUACCAUUUGCUUGCGUCCUGGCAGUGGAGAAUAUCAUGUCUUUUUUCCUGAGAGUGAAGGAGAUGCUCUUUUAGUAGAAGUCCAAGAUGAAAAAAAAGCAGUCCAAGGUCGAGCCACAAUUCAAAUUUCAUCAUUGAAUGAUAAUCCUAGUGACAGAAUUCGGUGGUGGCCUUUAUUACACGAUGAUCAAGAAUGUCUUGGGAAGAUACAGCUCUCAAUUGGUAGUACAAUCACAUGUGAUGAGACUAACAAUAUAAAGAGUGGUCCUGUUGUGGAAACCCUUGCUUACGAUCUACUGCUAGAGGCUGCUAUGCGUGCACAACAUUUUCAUUCCCGAAACUUGCGAUUGCAUGGACCUUGGAAGUGGUUGUUGACUGAAUUUGCAGAUUAUUAUGGCGUUUCUGAUUCAUAUACCAAGUUGAGAUUUCUUUCACAUGUCAUGAAUGUGGCCACUCCAACAAAAGGGUGCUUAGAGCUUGUCAACGAGUUACUUAUACCCAUUAUAAAGGCUCGGGGGGAGAAAAGUUUGACUAGACAAGAGAAAAGUUUACUAUUAGAUUGUGAAACACAAAUUGAAAGUCUCUUGGCAAAUGUUUUUGAGAACUACAAGUCUCUGGAUGAAAAUUCUCCCACAGGAUUGGCAGACCUGUUUGGUCCAGUGCAAGAGUCUGCUGCACCAGCUUUAGCUCCUGCUGUUGAAGUCUACAUCCUUCUUCAUGAUAUACUAUCUCAAGAUGCACAGACUAUGCUGAGAAACUAUCUGCAGACUGCAGCUAAGAAGAGGUGUCGGAAGCACAUGAUUGAAACUGAUGAGUUUGUGUCUGGCAACUCAGAAGGUUUCCUCAUGGAUUCCAUUACCAUCUCAACAGCUUAUUUGAAAAUGAAGAAUCUGUGUAUAAUUAUUGGCAAAGAGAUUCAGGCAGACAUCAAGAUCCACAAUCAGCACAUAUUUCCAAGUUCAAUCGACUUGUCGAAUAUCACAGCUGCUGUUUACAGCACUGAAUUGUGCAACAGGCUUAGAAGUUUCCUUUCUGCCUGGCCUCCAUCUAGCCCACAGCCACAUGUGAAUGAACUUCUGAUAGCAAUUGCUGACUUUCAACGGGAUCUUGAGCGGUGGAAUAUCAGUCUAGUGCAGGGUGGUGUAGACUCAAGGAGCUUGUUCCACAGUUACAUAAUGGUGUGGGUGCAGGAUAUGCAACUCAACUUACUUGAGCAAUGCAAAGCAGAAAAGGUGCCAUGGGCUGGAGUAACAACAAACCAUUCCACCUCUCCGUUUGCUGAAGAAAUGUAUGAGAAAAUCAAAGAUUCCCUUAUUGAGUAUGAAGUGGUGAUCAAUCGUUGGCCUCAGUAUUCAUUGAUUUUGGAAAAUGCUGUUGCUGAUGUGGAAAGAGCAAUCAUUAAGGCUUUGGAAAAGCAAUAUAAUGACAUCUUAACUCCUUUGAAAGAUAGCAUUCCAAAGAGACUUAAUAUGCAGGUUCAAAAACUAACCAGAAGACAAUCGACAACACUCUAUUCUGUACCUAAUCAAUUGGGGAUUUUUAUGAAUACCAUCAAGAGAAUUUUGGAUGUGUUACAUUGUAGAGUGGAAGACAUCUUGAAGUCUUGGGCAUCCUAUCUUCCUGUCAUGGGAGAUAGAAAGUCACUCUUUGGGGAGCAGAUGAAUGGAAUCACAGUUCUCUUGAGGACAAAAUACAAAAAUUAUUUGCAGGCAACCGUUGAAAAGCUUGUUAACAAUACACAAGCUAACAGGAGCACACGGCUGAAAAGAAUUUUGGAGGAAAUAAGAGAAGAAGAUGGAGAGGCUGAAGUCCGUGAAAGAAUGCAGAUGCUGAGUUCACAGCUCAUUGACUUCAUAUCCAAUUUGCAUGAUGUCUUUACUAGUAGAAUAUUUGUUGCAGCCUGUCGUGGAUUCUGGGAUAGGAUGGGACAGAUUGUCUUGAAGUUUCUUGAAGGAAGGAAGGAAAACAGGGUUUGGUAUAAUGGCUCUUGUCAUGCUCUUGGGAUAUUGGACGAUACCUUUGCUUCCCAAAUGCAACGACUGCUGGGAAAUUCACUGCAAGAAAAGGAUAUUGAGCCCCCUCGUUCAGUAAUUGAAGCACGAUCUAUUCUUUGCAGAGACACGGCAAAUGCAACAGAUACAUCUACCUACUUUUAUGUUUAAUGGUUGAUGCAUUUCCAGAAUCAAGGUUAACUGUCAGUUUGUGUUGUGUUUUGAUAUUAGGUUGGUUGCAUUGCUCCUAUGUUGAUAGUCAUAUAUACGCGCGCGCGUGUGUAUAUAUAUAUAUAUAUAUAUAUAU